GUGAAUUCUCAACUGUGGCUGUAUCACAGUGGGCCCUAUCCUGCUAGGCACACUGAUAGCCGGUUGCGGCUGUAGCGGUAAACUUCCAAGGUUCUAGUUUUUGUCGGUUCUUUGGAGGUCGAAUGACGCAACCAUUCGCUUUGGUGUGUGGCGCCACGACGAACCCCAGCUGAUGGCGUGAGGCGGAGUAGUUCUAAGCCAUCAGCCGUCCACUAUCACUACCUAGGUAACAUGGACCUGUGGUCUUUACUUAGGCAUCAUCUUUCUGUUAACUGCCUCCGAUUCCGUCCCUAGAGUACGUAGAGCUCUUGCCACUCUUGUCUUUUACCUACCCAUUGGAAUUGUUAUUUAUAUAGACGUGCCCCUAAUAUUCCUUCAGCUGCUGAUUUCUAUAUCGCAAAGCAACCGCCCACUAAGACGACAUCCGUCUCUUCGAACCACUGUUCUGUAAUAUCUAAACAACUCCAUACGAGCAUCUACAUGUACAACCAGCAAUAUCCUCCCCCGGGUCAAUACCCAGGUGGUCAGUAUCCCGGGCAGUACCCGCCGCCUCAGGGUCAAUAUCCUCCACAGCAAGGCUAUCCGCCACAAAACCACAGUCCUUAUCUGCCUCAGGGCGGUCAUUACCCACCACCGCCCAGCAGUUAUGGCGGCGGCUACGGCGGCGGUCCGGUAGAACUUCCGGGAAGCAGUGGACAUCCGCCUCCCCAGGGACAAUAUCCUCCCCAUGGUGGCCACCAGUCCUAUGGAGCACCGCCGCCACCACCACAUCCGGGUUACGGCGCUCCGCCAGGCCCCCCUCCAAAUCAGUACGGUGCUCCGCCGCCAGGGCCUCCUCAUGGCCAGUACGGUGCUCCCCCGCCUCAGCAGUACGGUGGACACCAAGCUGCACCCCAAUACGCAGCCCCGCCCGGGGGCGGCGGUCCUCCGACCCAGCCUAGCCCUGGCUAUGGACCGCCACAGAUCAUUCAGUGGGAUGCGAACCCUGACGCUCAGGCUUUAAGAAAGGCCAUGAAAGGGUUCGGUACCGACGAGAAAGCUCUUAUACAAGUUCUAGCCAAUAAAGACCCACACCAGGUUGAAGCUAUCAAGCAAGCUUAUUCCCGGUCGUUCAAUCGUAAUCUCGAAAAGGACAUCAAGUCAGAAACGAGCCGAUACUUCGAGCUUGGGUUGGUUUCCAUCGUACAAGGCCCGCUAGCUCACGAUGUGCAUCUCCUGCAUUCAGCCAUGGACGGCCCAGGUACGAAGGAGAAGGUCUUGAACGACGUUCUGCUCGGACGCAGCAAUGCCGAUAUGAAGGCUAUCAAAGGCAUGUACCAGCACACGUUUAACUGUUCACUUGAAAGAGAUGUCAAAGGCGAUUUGAGUAUGAAGACAGAGCGACAUUUCAUGAUUGUACUAGGUGCUUGCAGAGCGGAAGAUAGCGCACCCGUCAUACCACAAGCGGUUGACCAAGAUGUUAUGGAGCUUUACCGAGCAACUGAGGGUAAAAUGGGAACAGACGAGAUGCUUGUCUGUUCGAUCCUAUCGACUCGGAACGACAACCAAAUCCGUGCUAUAAGCAGAAGCUACGAGGAAAAGUUCAGGCGCCCGCUUGAGACCGUCAUCAAAAAGGAAUUCAGUGGACACAUGAAGGACGCGUUAUUGUUCCAACUACAGAAUGCUGUAGACAAGUACAUGCAUGCGGCCACACUUCUUGAAGAUGCCAUGGCGGGCAUGGGUACUAAAGAUGAGCUGCUUGUGGCGAGGGUUGUCCGAUAUCAUUGGGACCGUCGCACAAUGGAAAAUAUCAAGGCGGCUUACAACCAGCGAUACGGGAGAAGUCUGGCGAGCCGUAUCCAGGGCGAAACAAGUGGGGAUUACCAAAGACUCCUGGUUACCUGCGUUGGACCCUGAGUGCGUUUAAAAACGACUUUUAGUAGUAGUGAUUUAUACCCUUACCUGGCACCUCGGCAUUUCCCUUCAUAAUAUGGGGUUGUACAUAGUUAGGGCUCGUUCGUCCUGAUGAGAUUUGACGACAGUAACGAUGAUGCAAUGAGCGGGUCUAACAAUAGAUACCAAUUCGUUUUUUUAAUUCUCCAUUGUGUUGCACAAGCAGUAUCAAUCGGUAUGAUGAGUGAAUGAACGAGGCCAUUUCCCGAAGAAUAUAGCUAUCCGAUGUGAUACGGCUGCGGUGCGUACUCACGAGGCAUAACAGCAACCUUGCCUAGGAUGACUGCAGCUAGGCGGUGAGCGACCACCUAUGUGAGCCAGUCGACGAUCGAUACUCAAUCUGGGAUACCUAGGUAUGUACCUACAGUAGUACUUUGGGCAAUUUUCAUCAAAACAGACGGGUACUGUGAUGGUAUGGGCUCAAUUGGUCUGUAUUGUGGGUGAAGUUGUA